CCGCUCUGGUGCAGGCUUCCAAAUGAUACUGUCGACUACGUCUACGAACCAGGCGAUAUACCUCCAGCUGAGAUCCUGCUCGAUGAUGCGGCUCGCUGCUGCUGUGGGAACUCUCCCGCCCAAGGAGAGAUUAGUACCUACAGCCGUGUAUUUACUGUAUACGGUCUUCGAAAGGCUCACGAAUGCCGCAUUGAAGUCUCGGACUGUCCGUCCUGUCACCAUCGUUUCCGUCAGGUUGGUCCUGACUGUGGCUCUAUUGGUGUCUUCAACUGGAACAACGUUGUCGGCUUCACUCAUGAACUCCUGAAUCAAUACACCAACGUUUUCACAACAUCACCAACACCCUUUGCUUCGUUUGUUGUUGCUACUCGGCGUCUGUAUACGGCUGCCCGGUCUCCAGUCCCUUUCUGUACACCCAAAAUGUUCACCAGCGCAUGGUUUGCGUUCACAAGUCUCCAGCCUCUUGAUUCAGGUAUGGAAUGCCCGACAUGUGGCAAACAUCCUGAGAUUGUCAUUGCCGACGGUGUCAGUAUUGGCUAUUCAUCCGCAAAGUUUGUGCAGGGACUACGACCUCCAACACUCAUCCAGAAGACCAGCCCAAAGAAUAGCAUGGUGCGCAAU